GAUGUUUUUGAAUAUUAAACAGUUCAGGAAUUUAUCAGUGACCACUUUAUCAGUUAACGAUUACCGGUGCUACAGGAUUGUUGCUUUGAUUCGUUUUUCGUGAAUAAGGUUGCAAAAAUGGCUAAAGCUCUUCGUUAUUACUACGAUUUGAUGUCCCAACCCAGCCGAGCGCUGUACAUUUUUCUAGAGAAAACCAAAAUCCCCUACGAAAGAUGUUUGGUGAACCUGGGAAAAGGAGAACACUUGACCGAUGAGUUCAAGGCAAUCAACCGGUUCCAGAAGGUGCCGGCCAUUGUCGAUAAGGGAUUUCCGCUGGCCGAGAGUGUGGCCAUCAUUCGGUACUUGUCGAGGGAGUACAAAUUUCCCGAUCAUUGGUACCCGGCCGAAACUGAAAAGCGAGCCCGGAUCGAUGAGUAUCUCGAAUGGCAACAUCACAACACCCGGGCCGUUUGUGCCAUCUACUUCCAGUACAUGUGGCUUAGACCCCGCAUGAUGGGGGCCAAGGUUAAUCCCGAACGGGCCGAGGAACAUAAGGCUAAGAUGGAAUCGUGUUUGGAUUUCAUCGAACAGGAAUAUCUGGGCGGGGGCUCGAAAUACCUCACCGGAAAUGACAUCACGGUGGCGGAUUUGAUGGCGGCCUGUGAAAUCGAACAACCAAAAAUGGCUGGAUUCGACCCUUGCGCUGGACGACCAAAUUUGACGGCUUGGAUGGCACGCGUACGAGACGAAACUAAUCCGUACUACGAUGAAGCUCACAAGCUGGUCUACAAGAUAACGCCCAACAGUGUUCCUAAACCUAAGCUGUAAUUUAGAACCAAUGAAUAUUUGUUAAUGUCUGUUAUUCUAUGUAUGGUUUCGAGGCACAAUAAAUUGGGUAUAAAGUGUUUAUAUUAAAAAAA